AUGCGCUCUAUCAUAAUCCACGCGAAGCACCAUGAGUACGACAUAGCGCUUAGCCAUCUGAUCGAGCAGCGUCAGUCGUUCAUCUCCUUCUACGCAGCGGGCGGGUGCGCUUCACCUCGCCGGAAAGAAGACCGCCGGACCACGCUUUCCACAUCGGACUCCUUAGAGUGGUCAACCACCCUACCUACUGAUUGCUCCCUCAGCGACGAGAUGGUCUGUGACAUCCUAACACGGUGGCAAGGCCUUCGUGUCUUGCAGGACCUUUAUCUCGAAUCAGAGCCUCCUCCAGCAUCCUAUCGUCCUAUGCGCGAAUAUCGCGCCCCGGGAGGGUCUCGCAGAAGAACGCCGGCACAGUCCUCCAGUGGGUCGCAAUCUAUCACUGUCUUUGACCCCGCUUACGACACCAUCGAUUGCGGGGGAAGGACUUUUGAUGCCGAACAGAAGCAGAGAUUCUAUAGAGCGCUGACCUACCUAUGGCUUCUCGGCGAGUACCGGUGGCUUCUCAGCCAUGAUCACGAUCAAAUAAGAUUUGAUGCGGCUAUAAAAGUAGACUUUGACCGGAAGCUCCAGUCACAUGUACGGGAGCCUCUUGCCAACUUCAAACAGGAAGAUCGUGCGAUGCUGGACGCACUUGAUGCCCUAGAUGUGUUUGAGUACCUUUACACCAGCCUUUUUCCCGCUCACUCAUCUGUUAUUGGGACCCAGCUAGACUGUACAAGCCAAAAGUACGACUGGCGCCUGCCAGCGAGCGUACCUGAUCUGGACACGAAAUGCGCUUUGCAUCGCGCCGCAGCAGUGCUCCGGGCCCCAGAUAUCAUUGAGAUUGUCGUCCGGCACAAGGCUCUCCAUUCAAGCAAUCAGACUUCCUUCGACCAGUCAAUCGACGAUCAGCCGUCCCACUUACCUUCCAAAUUCCUCUAUGAAGCAGUUCCCCAAUCUACGGUUAGUUACAUCGGAGCCGACCGACCCCGAAGCGACGUCUUCAACCGCGCCCGAUCCUAUCCUCCCCUUUUCGAUGUCUCAAUCUACGAUGUCCUCCAGGAGGAAGUUGUUGUCAAGGCCAAGCUGCUCCUCGGCAUCCGCGAUUUCUCUUGGAUAAAUACCAGAUUUUCCUAUGCUCGCUACUGGGUGCGAGAGGCUCGUGGCAAGAUCUUCUGGUGGGCGCAGAGUAAUGCCAAGGCUGAAAUCAGGCUGAGGCGGUGGAUGGAGAAGUCUCUGGCUGGGGAGAUGCUAUGA